AUGGAUUUUCUCAGGGAUCAGGUGGCGACAAAUUUUUGCAACACGAAACUCACGUUUUGGGAGCUCUCAGCGAGGCACGACAAGCAAAGACUUCUUGGAGCACUGUACAUUUGUUAUGGAAUUACCGUCCAGAUUUGCUACCUUUUAUCGCUCUCGGUGAUCGCAAGGAAAGAGUUCCGUUCAAUGUCCUGUUACAAGUUGAUGUUGACUCUUGGCAUUCUUGAUGUGAUUUGUGUGACGGUGAGCUCUGAAUUGACCGGCUAUUUCUAUUACAUCGGUUUCGAGUAUUGCAUGUUGCCGACGAUCACCUACAUUUGUGGAUGCUGGAUGAACUUCUUCUUCAACACAUGUUGUAUGUUGUGCUUUUUUCUGGUAUUCAAUCGUUUCGUCAGUUAUUGGAAACCCUAUCUCGAGGAGGUGCUUUUUGCAGGCUACCGUACCUGGCUAUUCGUUGCGCUCGCACUCGCGUAUGGCUUGAUCUGGUUGAUUUUCCCGCUUCCUGUUCUUUUCAAUUUCGAUUUCGGCACUUGGAUCUAUUACCCAAUGAUUCAAGAAAAUCCUCCGCACGAGUUCAAAAGUGUCUAUCAAGUUUUUCACAACGUUUUGAUCUGUGGUGGGAUCAUUCUCUUCUAUUUUGGUCUUUAUGUUAUGCACAUGUGGAAAAUGCACAAGUUGAAGAUGAAAAAUGAUAAGGCACAGAUGCAAAUCUUAGUCCAAGCCUCAUUGGUGUGUCUGUUCACAUUUAUCACGGCAAUCACGUGGAUCGUCAUGCUUUUCGUCACGCCGACCACUUUCAUUUUGCACGUGGCGCAUGGGAGUUGGCAAUUGAUGCACGGAACUCCUGCUUUUGUCUAUCUCUUCUUGAACAAAACGAUUCAACACAAAGCUAUUCAAAAUCUCCGUCGAUAUGUUUUCAAAAUGGAAAUGCCAAGCGUUCUGCAUAAGGGCUCAUCAGUGGCCCCAAACUCCAACUCGGCACUUCAACUCAACGAGAAACCGAAAAUCCACGAACCACAAGAAAGUCUCAAUAUCACUAUU